CCGCCGCCGCCACCGCCACCACCAGCCUCUACGCCGCCCUGCCGCGUCCGGCUCCGGUGAACUCAACACUACCCUCCGACGCUAUCGCUCUUCUUUCAUUCAAGACCAAAGCUGACUUAGACAACAAGCUUCUCUACAUGCUCAAUGAACGCUUCGACUAUUGUCAAUGGCAAGGCGUCAAAUGCGUCGAAGGCCGAGUGGUCCGGUUCGUUCUCCGAGGCUUCGGCCUCCGCGGUGUCUUCGCCGCCGACACCUUGACUCGUCUCGACCAGCUCCGCGUACUCAGUCUCAAGGACAACUCGCUCGCCGGACCGAUUCCUGACCUCGCUGGACUCGUCAACCUGAAAUCUCUCUUGCUCGAUCGGAACUCGUUCUCUGGAAAGUUCCCUCCCUCGGUUCUCUCUCUUCGCCGACUUCUUGUUCUUGAUCUCUCUGAAAACAACCUCACCGGUUCAAUCCCGGCCGAGAUUACCGGUCUGGACCGGCUCAACUACCUCCGGCUCGAUUCAAAUCGCUUCAAUGGUACGGUUCCGCCUCUGAACCAAACCUCUCUCACGAUCUUCAACGUGUCGAAUAACAACCUCACCGGAGCCAUACCGGUCACGCCAACUCUGUCGCGAUUCAGCAUUUCUUCGUUCUCUUGGAACCCUAACCUCUGCGGCGAGAUCAUCGACAGAGGAUGCAGUUCCGCUCCGCCGUUCUUCAAUUCCUCCUCAUCCUCCGGCGCCGCCGCUUCACCGCCGCAGCCGGUUAUCCAGAACUCUCAGUCACAAGGCGUCGUUCUACCGCCGCCGUCUUCGAAGAAGCACAAGAGAAUCGGCAUAGUGUUAGGGUUUGUUAUUGGAGCUCUAAUCCUACUUGCAGCCAUUCUCUCUCUUUUCGCAUUAUUCAAGAAGCAGAGAGAACAUCAUCAUCAUCAAAGCCACUCAAAAUCAGCAACAUUCAACUCCGAAGCUGUAAAUACGAAUGCUGCUGCAAACACUACAAUUGAGGCGCAAGUUGUGAAUACUGAAUUAGAAUUAGAAGCAAAAGAGAAGAAAGUAGAAAUUGCUCCAAAACCUGCUCGGAAAAGCGGGAAUUUGAUUUUCUGCGCAGACGACCCACAGGUGUACACUUUGGAGCAUCUAAUGAGGGCUUCAGCAGAGUUGCUUGGGAGGGGCACGAUUGGGACUACGUACAAGGCCGUGAUGGGAAAUCGGCUGAUAGUGACAGUAAAGAGGCUCGAUGCCGGUAAGACUGCGAUUACGAGCGGAGAGAUGUUCGAGAAGCACAUGGAAUUGGUGGGAGGACUCAGACACCCCAAUUUGGUGCCAGUCAGAGCUUACUUUCAGGCCAAAGAAGAGAGACUCAUCAUCUAUGAUUACCAACCAAAUGGUAGUCUCUUCAAUCUCAUUCACGGUUCGAGAUCAACAAGGGCAAAACCUCUACACUGGACUUCAUGCUUGAAGAUUGCAGAAGACGUGGCUCAAGGCCUUGCCUACAUCCAUCAAACACCAAAGCUUAUCCACGGCAAUCUGAAAUCAUGCAAUGUCCUCCUUGGCACUGACUUUGAGGCCUGCCUCACAGACUAUUGCCUUGCUGCCCUUGCAGACCUGUCUUCAAGUGGUGAUCCAGACUCUGAAGGCUAUAAGGCCCCUGACAUCCGCAAGUCCAGCCGCCGAGCCAACCCCAAGUCCGACGUGUAUGCCUUUGGUGUCCUCUUGUUAGAGCUUCUUACAGGCAAACCUCCAUCACAGCAUCCAUUCCUUGCACCAACUGAUAUGCUGGAUUGGGUUAGGGCAAUGAGGGAUGAUGAUGUUGGGGAAGAAAACAGUCUCGGAAUGCUAGUUGAGGUAGCUAGUAUUUGUUGCUUGACGUCCCCGGAACAGAGGCCAUUGAUGUGGCAAGUGUUGAAGAUGACACAAGAAAUAAAGGUGAGUGUUAUGAUAGAAGAAAAUGAUGCAAGGAAUGCAUAUAAUGGAUAUUGAUUGCUUAAACUUGUUUUUGCACUUACGCUACGAGCCGCUAAGAAAAGCUGUAAAUCCGGGAUAACCUGAUGAAAUUUUAUACAAAAAGGAUUCUUAUGAGGUGAAAAUACAAAUUCACUUUGUGUUCACAAUGGGUUUAUGAAUCUAAGCUACAAGUGUUCUUUUAGGUUGGGGGAUUUUCCAAACGGCAUAUAAAAUACAAUUUUGGGAA